AUAUUUUUUUGAGGAUGUAUAAUGUCCAAAGAUGUUUUAUUUGUAAUAUGCAUGUAUCAAAAUUAAAUUUCAAUUCAAAAUACACAUAAUACCAUAAAAAGGAGUACAAUUCAUUUUUUAGAUUCUAAAAAGAAAAUUAUUUAUUAUAUAGAUACUAUGAAUCAAUAAUUUUAAAAAAAAUUGAAAAUCCUCACAUCUCCAUAGUGUAUAAAUUCCAAUCUUUUGAAGUUUUAACAACAUCCAUCCACCAACUUCAAUUCAUAGAAAAGAAAGAAAACAAAAACACAAAUCUAACAUGGCUUCAUCAAUCUCAACCUUCAACUCAUCAAACUUGUUCAUUUCCAAAGAACAAACCAACCCAUCUUCCCAUUUUCCAUCAAACAUCAUAAAGUUUGCAUCUUUCCCAUCAAAAACCACUUCUAAUGUCUCUUGUUCUGUCACUAGAGACACUUCCUCUGUUCUUCCAUUAGAGGAACAUACCAAGGUUGAAAAUGGGUCGGUUCUUCUUCAACGACCCGAUUCAUUUGGAAGAUUUGGAAAAUUCGGUGGGAAAUAUGUUCCUGAAACUCUUAUGCACGCUCUCACUGAGCUUGAAACUUCAUUUCAUUCACUAGCUGGUGAUGAAGCUUUUCAGAAAGAGUUGGCUGGGAUUCUAAAGGACUAUGUUGGUCGGGAGAGUCCUCUUUAUUUUGCAGAAAGGUUGACGGAGCAUUACAAGAGGCCUAAUGGUGAAGGGCCUCACAUUUAUCUUAAGAGGGAGGAUCUUAACCACACUGGGGCUCAUAAAAUUAACAAUGCUGUUGCACAAGCUUUGCUUGCUAAGAUUUUGGGAAAAAAACGCAUUAUUGCUGAAACUGGAGCUGGGCAGCAUGGCGUUGCCACUGCUACUGUAUGUGCUCGAUUUGGUUUAGAAUGCAUUAUUUAUAUGGGUGCACAGGAUAUGGAAAGGCAGGCACUGAAUGUUUUCAGAAUGCGUCUUCUUGGUGCUGAGGUGAGACCAGUCCAUUCUGGGACUGCUACACUUAAGGAUGCUACAUCAGAGGCUAUAAGGGACUGGGUGACUAAUGUUGAAACAACUCAUUAUAUUUUGGGUUCUGUUGCCGGACCGCAUCCAUAUCCAAUGAUGGUACGAGAGUUUCAUGCUGUGAUUGGCAAGGAAACAAGAAAACAAGCUUUGGAAAAAUGGGGAGGGAAACCAGAUGUUCUGAUUGCAUGUGUCGGUGGAGGUUCAAAUGCCAUGGGACUUUUCCAUGAAUUUGUUGAUGAUAGUGAUGUUAGGCUAAUUGGUGUGGAAGCUGCUGGCUUUGGCCUGGACAGUGGCAAGCACGCUGCUACAUUAACAAAGGGAGAAAUUGGGGUUUUGCAUGGAGCUAUGAGCUAUCUGCUGCAGGAUGAUGAUGGACAAAUAGUUGAGCCUCACUCCAUUAGUGCAGGCUUGGACUACCCCGGUGUUGGACCUGAACAUAGCUUUUUGAAAGACAUAGGGCGUGCUGAGUAUUAUAGCAUCACUGACGAUGAAGCAUUGGAAGCUUUUAAGAGAGUUUCGCGACUUGAAGGCAUCAUUCCAGCUCUGGAAACAUCCCAUGCUUUGGCGUAUCUUGAGAAAAUAUGUCCAACCCUUCCUAAUGGAACAAAGGUUGUGGUUAACUUCAGUGGCCGAGGUGAUAAGGAUGUUCACACUGCUAUCAAGCACUUGAAGCUUUGAAAAAGAUCAUGUUCUUGUAUCGGAUAAUAAUGGUUCAGCUGCUGAGUGGUUUCAUUUUCAGAUUUUGAGACACUAGUUUUACAAAAAUAAAGCUUUAGUUAAAGAACAAUGUAUAUUAGCUUCGUGGAACCGCAGACUUUUAAUACUCUUUUGUUUGAAUGUUUGAAUAAAAUUAAUAAAUGCCACAAAUAUUUUGUUGUAACUUUCUUCAUGGGAGCUAUUGUAUUUGUUGAAGGCCAAAAUGGUAUGAGUUUUCCUACCAUGAAUAAGAUUUUAAAUUACCAUUGUUUA